AUGCUGUUAAAGCUAACAUCAGUGUUUGAAAUAUUUGAGCCACACAGUACAGAGAUUUUCGCUGCGUUAAUUAUUGAGCGAGACGCCUCACCGAUCAGUCAUAUUUUGAAUUCAACAAUACUCUUAUGUUCCAAAUUAAUGUGUGCGUUUUUAAGCAUUCAAAGAGUAGUUAUUUUCCACAUGGGAGUAAAUGUACAGAACAGGUCUUUGGGAAGAGAUCCAAUCACGAAAAGGAUUGCUGCGUUCCUAUUUGAGGUAUCAUGGGGACUUACCGGCGUGAGUUGCUUUUGA